UCUUCUCUGCACUGACUCCUCUAUCCAUUAGACUUAGCACUGGCUGGACCCCCCACCCUGAAGCAGCUAUCAAACAGGCUCCAGGAAUGGCCUGGGCUUCCAUUGGUCCAAGAGGUCCUGAUGACACAAGGGAUACUAACCUAUAAUCCAGACUGGCAUAAUAAAGGACGUCUGACUGAAUCAGAUCUUAGUGCUGUCCAGUCAUGUGAUGUGGACGUGUGCUAUGGAAUGUGGUCAGCUGACCCCUCAGUCUAUACGUCAAGUCACCAUUUCUCGUCAACCAGGAGUUGGCUUUGGAUUUGUUGCUGGCAGUGCAGGACCCGUUGUUGUACGAUCUGUCAUUGAAGGUGGACCCUCCGAGAACAAAUUGCUUUCAGGAGAUCAGAUUUUAUCCAUCGAUGAUGAGGAUGUGAGCGGGGCUCCGAGGGAGAGAUUCAUCGAGCUGGUCAGGAAUGCAAAGGAGUCCAUCACUUUGACAGUUCUACAACCUCAUCAAUCUCCAAAAUCCGCAUUCAUUAGCGCAGCCAAGAAGGAGAAGCUUCGCUCCAACCCAACUAGGGUCCGAUUUUCGGAAUUGGUCACCGUCGGCGAUACAGACGCAGACAUGUUGAAGAUGAAAGACUCUCCUCCCCUUCUCCUCAUCCCGAAUGUCCUCAAAGUAUUUUUGGAGAAUGGACAAAUUAAAUCCUUCACUUUUGAUGGGAGAACAACAGUCAAGGAUGUCAUGGUUACCCUUCAGGACCGUAUCUCCCUCCGCCAUCGCGAUCAUUUCUCCCUCGUCCUGCAAUAUUCUGCGACGGAUCAGGGCCAGAAAUUUCUACUUCUUCAAGACAAGCAACCGCUGGCUCAUGUCGUGCAUCGAACUCACUAUCAGGGUAUGAAAUGCUUGUUUCGAAUCUGUUUUUUCCCUAAAGACCCGGCCGACAUUCUGCAUUCUGAUCCUGCAGCGUUUGAGUAUCUGUAUAUUCAGAGCCGUAAUGAUGUGAUAAGAGAGAGGCUGGGAUCGGAACUGAAGCCAGAAUUGCUCCUGGGCCUGUGUGCUCUGCAUAUAUACAUCAGUGUCAGCUCCUCUCAUCCAGGUCAGAAGAUUUCACUACGAGGAGUCGAGAAAGAAUGGGGCUUGGAUCCUUUUCUUCCGCAAUCCCUUCUGCAGAACUACAAAGAAAAAACCUUACGUAAGGCGUUAGCGCAACACCUCAAGAUCCACCAAAACCAGUUAUCUGGCAACAAGGCAUCCAUCAUUCAGGCCAAACUUCGCUACCUGCGUAUCCUUAACGAGCUGCCGACUUUCGCCGGUGUCCUCUUCAACACGGUUGCCAUGGAUGAAAAAACGCCCGCGACCACGCUUCUAGUCGGUCCUCGCCAUGGAAUAAGCCAUGUCAUAGACCUGAAGACCAACCUCACAACAGUUCUAUUCGAAUUCAGCCAAGUGACGAAAAUCCAGUUAUUCAGAGAGUCCCAAGGAGUAGCACGCGUUGAGACAAGUGUCACUGAUACUAAGUCCCUGGUGUUGCUCAUGGAUUGGCCCGAAGCUACCAGUUUUGCCUGUUUGGUCGCAGGGUAUUACCGGCUGCUAGUAGACUCUAAGAAAGGAAUUUUCUACAGAGCUGCUGGCCAUUUGCCUCCACCUCAGAUUAUCAAGGCAGAUCACAUCAGUCUGCCCACAGUGUCACGCAUGUCAGCUUCUGCUAAGGCACCAACCUCCGCCUUCGCCGGAAAGGGCUCAACUCAUGAGCCCCACACCCCACCAGAGAACCCGGAGUCUAUCAGUCUGUGCUACCUCCAUCUACGGGACAAGAAGGGGAGAGAUGUCAACCAGAAUGUUGUUGCAGAGGAGGCCAGACCAAGAACAAAAUCUGAUCCCACACCCAAGGGGGCAUCCUGCCAACCUGGAUCGCCGGGUGAACCGGAUCCGCCCGAAGUCUGCAGGUCCCGUUCCUUCACUAUGGACAGCCAGGUGAACUUGGAGGGCACCCAAUUCUACUGUGACUCCUGCAAAGCCAAACUGAAGAAUCGGUCUGGGGGAGGUGGGAUGGAUGUGAAGUGUGUGAAUUCAUGUGGGUCAUCCACCUGUAGAGACAAUUCAGUAGACCUCAUAUCCUUGCCACCUCCAGAAAACAAGAAACAUAAGGGGGAACAAGAGGGUAGACGUAAAGGAGAGGGCUUGGCAGUUGAUCGGGACGUAGGUGAGACUGCAACCUUUUUGCCUUCUGCUGCACCCCCACCACCGGGAUUUGGAGACAACAGUUCUGAUGAGGAGGACCAAAAGCGGACCAUUGAAAAGGGCCAUGAAAAGGGCAGGGAACAUAAAAAAGCAAAUGUCAACCCUGUAUUUGGCUAUGAAGAGUUACCAGUCACUUUAAUCGACAGCGUCCAGACAAGGACAGUCAGAGAUCAUGCAAGGGAGCUGGAUGAUGCUCUAGUGUCCACCCUUCAAGCUCUGGAGGCUCUUGCUGCUUCUGAGGAUUAUCCCAGCGCUGCACCUCAGUCCACAGCAGGCCUCAUUGUCCUUGCUGCUAUCACUCCAGAUUCCUCGCUGGAUUCCGGCCAUGAAACUAACUCUUCAGAGCUAACCGAUGUAUCAGAAAUGGUUACUGCCUUAAAGCAACAUCACAACACUGCCUACUUCCUGGCCCACCACCUCAACAAGGAAAGUCUAAUUUCCCGGAAGGACCUUCCUUUCAGAAUACAGACUUGCGCUGCUCAGGCUGUCCUUGCUUCUCCUUACUCUUUGGGCAGAGAAACUAGCCCUUUACUAAAACCUGCUCUGUUACAACAAAGUUUCACCGGUACCAGCCUACAACAAGCGUCUGUCCCUUCAAGCCCAAAAUGCAACUUAAAUAAUGGUGUGUCCAUACUUACAUCCCCUAAAAAACCUGAUAAACCUACAGAAGGCACAAGUGCAACCGCUCCCACAGAACCAUCAAAGAUUAAACAGAAUCUGCCAAAGAGGAGUUCCAACACGGCCACAGAUUCAACAGAAGACUCUUCAGGUGCAGGUUUUAUAUCCGCAAAUCCAAUUGUCCAGAGGACUUUAUCAGCCAUGUUGAAUGAUAGAGAUAGCGAGAAAGAAAAAAAAUCCUUAGAUAGCCCAUGUGGGUGUAGACUAUCACCAGGAGAGCCCUCUGCAGUCAACUUAGAUAAACCUGUAACCCAUGAAGUUCUUAAUUUGUCCCCAACAGAUGAUGAGAGACUGCAUGCUAAAGCUUGCUCGGUCAUGAGCCUUGAAGAAAAACACUUAAGCCACAAGAGGCCAGAUAAGAGAGAAAUAACAAAAACUCAUGUUGAUGAUGUAGCUUUGAAAAACGUUAGUAAAAGAAAGCAGGAAGAUGUUGAGAAAGAUGAGAAAAAGGAACACGUUCCAUCAAUUCCAAACAUCUUCAUGCUUAAUACAGACAAUGCGAAAGUCAAGGUCAAAUCUGAAACGGAUAAAGCGGUAGCCCCAACUAUCCCUGAAAAAGUGCCUGCCCCAGUUGAGCUGGACGAAUGUGCUAAACCUAGGAACCGAGGACCUUUAAAGUUACGAAAACUGUUUUCCGCCACAUUUCCCACGAGAAUGAGACGUGAAACCGAUGAACGGCAAGCCCAGCUGCGCAAAGUUAAGCAGUAUGAGAUGGAGUUCCUUGAAGAACUGCUUAGACCACAGGGCAAAAUAGGCGGGCCGCGUCAAGAAAUCCUUUACCCCCUGGUGCCUAGACCUUGCUCAUGUCAGGUGCGUAGCAGUCCUCUUCAAAAAGUGCCAGGUAUGUCUCGUGAGCAACGACGUAGCUGUGAUUGUAAACGUAUAACAAGAGGUAUCCAUGUACCACCCAGCAGUUCUGUAGAGCCCGAACCAAGGAACAGGCCAAGAGGGCGGGGCACAGGUCACCCACGACUCGUGCGUUCCUCCAGUCUGGAGUCAAGGGGAUCUGAGAAGUUAACUUCUUGUCUUUCGACCGGUAAAACGCUAGCAGAAAGUGACGUUCAUUCUUCAAAUCUGCCUCAAAAGCUUAGCGCAAGUGAAGUUAAAAAAAAAGAAGUGCCCUGUAACCCGCCCAGUGCUAAACCGCAAAAGAAAGAGGUGGAGCCUCCUGUGUUUAAAAGCAAAACGACAGAUUUGAUGGGGAACCGAGAGGAGAGAAAGUCUUUGGUGACUCUACCGGUAGAGGAAGAAGUAUUUGCCGUCCAAUCAAAAUUGCCUGCAGAGGAAAACAUAAUUCCAGGGGAGAAAUGUUGCUCCAUCCGCCACUGCUUCAACUGUCGACGGUGCUCCUCAGCUGAUGAGAGCAGUGACAGGGAUGAAUUAUCAUACUCCAUUCCCAUGCAGAUUCUUCCAGGAAUAAACUUAAAUUCAGAGACCACUCCACUGUUAAGCCAGACCCUUCAAGUACUAGACGCCAGUGUGUGCAGUGCCCAUGAAGAUAAUCAGACACAAGAGAUUGAUCUUCGCACAGCUACCUUUGAGGGCAGUCUGGCCAAGGUGAAUGCUCUGCAUGGGCGUUCCUAUUCCCUUCCCGAUGGGUUCAUGUCCGUGCAACAUGAUACCAGCGAACUCCUUACCGUGCUGCGCCAAUGCGUCGUCAGCACCGAGACUGGAGAGCCCAAGCUAGACUCCAUGCAUCUCAGCCAACGCAAACAAGAGUUGACCAUGCGAUUUAAGGAGUUCCGGGCUUCCUGUAGAAGAAUGGCGGGCGUAGAUAAAAACCCAGAGCACAUGCUCACCGCAGUGACUUGCAGCUUUCAGGUCCUCUGCAGUCUGAUCGAGACUUUUGUAAAACUGGUUUUUUUGAUCCGUUCCGAAAGCCAGCGCCAAGAGCUCUUGGCAAAAGUAGAAGAAGUGGUGAGAAAUUAUACUUUCUUGCUCCGGGCAGCGGAAGAAUCUAGUACACGGACAGUUGCCCAGUGUAAUACCGUGGUGGGACAGUUAGCCAAGCAGUCUGCCACUGUAGCCACGGCAGUUAGUACUUUUUCUCGUUCGAUCAAAUCUUUGAUGAGCAAACAGUAAGUGAAUGCACGGUUGAAGUGCGUGUCUGGGCAAAGUGAAAAAAAAAAAAAACAUUUAUGGUACAUAUCUCCAAUAAGUACACAUUUCCCCAUGUUUUAUCCCUUUAAAAAUGCUAUAAGGGUCAGAAAAAUACUGGUUGAUUUGCCGGAACUCCAAUGGGUUCCUAAUUCCUGUUUUGAGCUGACAACACCCUCACUGCUGCAUUGAAAUCCCAACCAGUGUUGUCACCCCCUUCUCAGUUCUCUUCUACUCAACUACAGAGCACCUCCUUCUCUCCUCAUCCAUGAAAGGAGGCAUUCCGUAGUUUUUACUCCAAUGAAAAAAGAAAGACAUCCAAGAGGUGCUGGGACUUGGAUAUGAGUUUAUACGAAGUAGUGAGAGGGCAAAAACUUUUGAAGAGCCCAUUGACUCAGGUUAGGCUGCUCACGACAGACAAGAUUACUCUACAGUGGGCAACCCAGCAGGUUAUCAGAAAAAAACGUUCACACAUGGAAGGAGCUCCAGACCCAAAGAUAAAGAGUCCAAUACAUUUCUUUGGUAUUGUGGUAAAAGACAGCCAACGAGUUUGGCCCACAGAAUUUCAGUUCCUCCGGUGCAGUGGUCACCAACCUUUCGGACCUCACCUACCAAUAAACUCACAAUUUUGAAUCACACAGACCACUAACAUGAAUUGUACAUGCCUUAUACACACAAUGCUCUGGCUCUUUGCCCCCCUCCCCUGAAUCACACUGCUGCCUUAUACACACAAUGUUCCAGCUUUCCUUCCCCCUCCGCCCCGAAACACACUACUGCCUUUUACACACAAUGCUCCGGCUCUCUGCCCCCCCCCCCCCUGCGCUGCAUCACACUGCUGCCUUACACAGACUCAUCACUGGAUCCCACCUCCUUAUCCAGCCAAGUGUUUAAGCUCCGUGCUCCCUCCCACAGUCUGUGAUAAGCACUGUCAUUGGAAGUCCCCUCCUUCUUCAUCUCCCACUCUCUGCACUACUCCCGGUGCCUCCCUCAUAGGAGCCAAAUGUACAGAGGAGGCAUUGAUGUGCGCCGACAGCGUUGACUGUUUGCAUGCACUGAGAAGAACACUGGAAACAACAUUGGGCAAUAUACAUACUCCACAAUGUUGAUACCCCUGGGGACCACCAAAUCUUUCUUGUGGAUCAUCAGUGGUCCACGAACCACUGGUUGGCGACCGCUGCUCUGGUGUAUCCUCGGGUGCGGGUCCGGUCUGCAGCUGUCAGUGAUACAAAGAAGAAGAAAAAGAGAAGAAUACGAAAAAGAGGAUGUACGACACUGAAUACUUUUACUUUUAUUGAUAUAAUAUGUCAAAACAACAACAGAGCUCUAAACAGGGAACAGCAGUUAACGUGUUUCACGCAAUCCAGGGGUCAAGGGAACUCCCUCUUUAUCAGGGCUUCAAAAAAAAAAGUAUAAUUUCUACAGGAUACUAUGUUUUCUUGUAGCCCUGAUGAAGAGGGAGUUCCUUUGACCCCCCCCCAAAAAAUAUUGUCUGUCUUUUAGCACAAUACCAUUAGAUGAAAAUUACACUCUUUUAUCUUUUGGCCUGCCGCUCCUGUCAUGUAUUCACAUUUAGUGGAAAAAAUGUAGUUGCGCUAUAAAAAAUUAAAAAACUAUAACAAGUGACAAAAAAUAUUAAUUGAAGCAAUGACAGCUGUGUGAAUCAUGUGUUCAGUGAAGUCCAAAGAUAAAACACAAUUGAAAUUAAUUCUUCAGUGGUUAAAAUUAUAAUUCAAAUGUUGAAAAAAUCCACCACCAAAAGUGAAGACACCACAAGGAAUGCAGGCUUACCAGAUGGCAAGCAAAGAUGGCUUGCGGCUGUUAACCCCAGCCCGGGCCUUUAGUCAUGGACUGCAGCACACAUCAGUGGAAAUGGAUCCUCAAGGCACAGAUGUCACCAGAUACAUGGGAUACCCAAAAAAAUAAUGGGACUCACAAUAGUGAAAUACCGUAAUAUAAAGUGUAAAAUUGAAUGAAAUAAAAACACUUACAAAAGAUCGAUCACAUAGAAGCAUAAAAUGUAUAGCCAGCCAGCUUAAACUAACUCCCGUCCGCUCGGACUGUCACGCAAAACGUCAGCACGUCUCCUCUCCCGACGCGCGUUUCGUCACACAAAUGACGUCGUCUGGGGCACAUUUUAUUCUGUCGUUUUGGGUAGGGCUGACCACACAGCUUUGGAUUUCAAUGCAACAAGGGCAGCGUUGUCAGCUCACUACAAAAGCCUAGAAGCUCCCUGGACUUCUUGCAAGAUCAACGGUAUUUUAGGUACUUGCAGUCAUUUUAGAGACGAAACAUGGGAAAUGUGCACAUAGUGGACAAAAUGUUCUAAAUACGUUUUUAUUUUAUUUUUAUUUUGCCUAGACACUUUCAAUUUGUUCAGAUCAAUUUUUUUUGUGUUAGGGAAGUUAUUAUUCCCAUAACUCUCUUAAUAUUAGCCUGCCAGCCUUAACGUGCGAAUGGGAAAAAAUAAAAAUGUUUUUAGGAGCAGAAUAUCAAGGUGGUGUAUUAAAUAAUGAUAGACUGUGGAGCAGAACUGUUGACUCACUAAGUUCCUCUGGUGAAUACGUUUCUAUGAUAGUCAUCAAUGCCUUCACAUGUAUAAAAUCAAAUAAUACUAUUAAUUGCCUCUGUACAUAGCUACCAGUCCCACUGUGACAUGCUUUCGUCUUGCCUUUCACCUUCAGAAAGCUAUAGAUUUAUAUAACUGAAACAAUGCUACAAAAAAAAAAAAUAGGAGGAGAAGGUGAUUGGAGGAACAACAUUCUGUAUUGUACUGGAUGUCUGCAUAGACCAAAGAAUCUGCGAGAAAGGCAAAAAUAUACUACUUGUGUAUUUAUUCAAUAUAAUUGUAGCUUAGCAAAUCGGAAUUUAAAUUCUAUUAUAUCCUAUUACCAGAAAUUAUUUAUAAUAAAUGGUGUGCAGAGUACAUUUCAAUUGGAUCAAUUUGUACCCACAACAUUCUUUUCACUAUCUCGUACGGUAAGCUGAAGGUAUCUCAGAAUUGAGAAAAAAUAAUUCAUAGACUAGACCAGGGCAAUAAACCUGUUGGUAUAGUAUUUUCUACUUUGA